ACGAUGAGUACUAAAGAAGAGAAUCAAUCGGAAGAAAAUUUGAAUCCUAAUCAAUACUUUGAAAUUCGUUCAAAGUCCAUCCAAAAACUUCGUGAAGCUCGUAAUCCAAGUCCCUAUCCACAUAAAUUUCAUGUGGAUCUUUCGAUUCCCGCGUUUAUUGAAAAAUAUAGUCACCUUGAUCCCGGACAGCACUUGGACGAUGUGGUCCAAAUUGCCGGUAGAAUUCAUAAUAAAAGGGCUAGUGGGACUAAGCUGAGGUUUUAUGAUUUGCAUGGCGAAGGAGUCAAGAUUCAAGUGAUGGCACAAGCUCAGGACUCUGAACAAGACUUUAUUGAAACACAUGGAACGAUUCGUCGUGGAGAUAUCGUUGGAGUGCGCGGAUGUCCGGGUAAAUCUAAGCGUGGGGAAUUGUCGAUUUUUCCGAAGGAACUUAAGCUUCUGUCCCCUUGUCUGCACAUGUUGCCUAAAGCACAUUAUGGAUUCAAGGAUCAGGAAUCACGUUAUCGGCAACGUUACCUUGACUUAAUAAUGAAUAAUUUUGUUCGAGAAAAGUUCAUUGUUAGAGCAAAGAUUGUAAAUUAUGUUAGACGUUUCCUGGAUAACCUAGGAUUUCUUGAGGUUGAAACUCCCAUGAUGAACAUGAUCGCGGGUGGCGCGACAGCAAAACCAUUCAUAACUCAUCAUAAUGACCUUAAACUUGACCUUUUUAUGAGAGUAGCUCCAGAACUGUACCUUAAGAUGCUCGUGGUUGGUGGUCUUGAUCGAGUUUAUGAAAUCGGACGCCAGUUUCGCAACGAAUCUAUCGAUCUUACUCAUAACCCCGAGUUCACCACAUGCGAAUUCUAUAUGGCAUAUGCCGACAUGUACGAUUUGAUGGAUAUUACUGAAAGCAUGUUAUCUAGUAUGGUAAAAUACAUUACUGGUGGCUACAAGGUCGUCUACCAUCCUCACGGUCCUGAUGGUCCUGUGAUGAACAUUGAUUUCACACCACCUUUCAAAAGAGUUAGCAUGAUUGAAACGUUAGAAGAGAAAUUGGGUACUAAAUUUCCACCAGCUUCGGAGUUACACACCGAUGAAACAAAUAAGUUCCUGCAAGAACUCUGCCAAAAACAUGGAGUAGAGUGUUCUCCACCGAGGACUAAUGCAAGACUAUUAGAUAAACUUGUCGGAGAAUAUAUUGAAGUUGAUUGUAUAUCGCCGACAUUCAUUACCGGGCAUCCUCAAAUGAUGUCCCCUCUCGCUAAAGGUCACCGGGAGAUCGAAGGUCUUUGUGAAAGAUUUGAACUUUUUGUCGCGACCAAGGAAGUUUGCAACGCUUAUACCGAGUUGAACGAUCCCUUUGAUCAACGGGAUCGAUUUGCGGAACAAGCUCGUCAAAAAGAACAGGGUGACGAUGAGGCUCAACUUAUUGAUGAAACCUUCUGUACCAGUUUAGAAUAUGGGCUUCCACCAACUGGCGGAUGGGGGAUGGGCAUAGAUCGUCUUACCAUGUUUCUGACGGAUAGUUCAAACAUUAAAGAGGUUCUUCUUUUCCCCGCCAUGAAACCAAUUGACGAGAAGCCCAAAAUUCCCGAUCUAAAU